AUGGAGAAACACUCCAUGCGUCACCUCCUGUGGACUGCAUUGUUCCUGUUAUACUGCAGUUGCGGGUGUUUGGCUGCUGUUGUACAGCAGUUACCACAAAAAGGACAAAGUGCUCUACAUGCGUACACCGUCUCUACUGAUACUAAUGUUCAGACUGACGAUAAGGACUGGCAUCCCAUCCGCAUUGGCGUGUAUACAAAAUUUGUGGAGGAUGUUGUGAAGUAUUGCAACGCAAAAGAGAGAGGUAAGCCUUCUGAGUACACAGAGCUUGACAAUAAACUUAAAGAACUUAAGGAAAAGCUUGAAGAUGAAGAAUUCUAUGAAGAGGAGUUUGCAGGAGAAGACACUUUUAAUCUUGAACGUGAAGUUGAAGAACUUCAAAAAGAACUUAACUUUGAUAGUCGCUGCAAGGAUGGUAUUACGGAGAAAAUAAAAAAAGUUCUUUUUAAGGAGGUCCUGCCCAAAGCCAUCAAAUUACACACAGAUCGCCUUAAGGUGAAACAGAUGGAAAGGACACCAAUUUUAAGCGCUGGUGAGAACAAACGUAUUCAAAAUAGCUGCCAGUUCUUUAAGGAUUCCUUUAAGAGUAAUGUUCAGGAUAGUUCUGAUUUUGAUUUUAUGAUUUUCGUGGGUCUCUCAGACGAACCCAAAAAUGUUGAGAUUUGCAGUAAGGAUGAUGAAAAGAGACCAACGUCUGCCGUCAUCAAAUUUGUCCCAAAGGAGAUAAAAGCAACACGGCACUUUAUUCGUUUAACUGCACAUGAGAUUGCGCAUGGUCUCGGAUUUCAACAUGACCUUAUGAAACAGCUAAACAUGAUCAAAGAGCGUGAGAGUGGUGUCGCACAUAUGCAAAGACACAUUCUUGCAAGAAAGUACUUUAUGGUUAACUCCUCCAAAACAGUCGAAAUGAUGAAGAAUCAUUACAAAUGUGAAAAUAAUGAUAAUAAUAAAGUAGAAGGUUUGUAUUUGGAAAAUCAAGAAGACCACGAGAAUUCUUCCCACUGGGAGAGACUAAUUGCGAAGGAUGAAUUGAUGAGUACGUACAUUGGUGAAACUUCUGGCAUGUAUUACACUAAUCUGACACUCGCGGCAUUUGAAGAUAUGAAAUUCUACAAAGCAGUUUUCGAGAAGGCAGAACCGAUGAGUUGGGGGAAUCAAUCAGGAUGUGAAUUUCUUCAAGGUAAAAAGGAUACGACAAAGACUGAGUAUUCCACUUUGUUUUGCAAGGAUGAUGAUGCGAAGACAAUCCUGAAGUGCACCUCUGACCGUUUUGCCCUUGGUAUUUGCUCAACGAAGGACAACCGAAAUAACUUACCUGAGGGGUACCAAUAUGUUAAGGACAGAAGCACAGGAUAUACAGCGAAAGACUUGAUGGAUGGGCACACAUUCAUCAGACCCUUGGAGGGCACUGCCUGUGAGGGUGGUAAAGAGGAUCUUUUGCCUGGUAGCAUUCGGAGCAGUAUGUCACGGUGUGUGGACUUGAACGCACCGCUGGAGCCGAAGAACAGUAGAAAUGGAGUGAAGUUUCAAGGCAUUUGUGCAAAAGUGAAGUGUAAUAAUGAAACGAAGAAAGUGAGUGUUCUAAAGGGGAACGAUGAGAGUACUGAGGAUAAUUGGCAUAAGUGUCCAGAGGAAGGCGGGUCUAUAAAUAUUGCUCAUGUGGCUGGUACAGAGUUUAGUGGUGGAAGUAUUGAGUGCCCCAAAUACGAAGAAGUCUGCAUUGGGUUGCUGGAAACGGAAGCUCCUACCAACAUUAAGUUUUACAAUGCCAAAAAAAUUACUGACGGGUAUGUUGAUGUAAAUGUUGCGAAAGAAGAAAAAAAAAAAGAAGUGAAACAAGAAAAAAAGAAGCCCAUCGAUGCCCAAACCCAGGUAGUUUCUCCAGAACCUCACACGGCUCCAAGUAAUGUCAUUCAAAAUGUGGACAGUUUGCCGGCCGCUACACCACUUGCACGGGAAAACAAGCACGGGCAAAAAAACCAAGGACCGAUUGUGCCCCAAGACGCUCACGGGAAACACCCGGAAAGUGAAAAUGUUGAGCACACCGGUUCCUCUUCUUUGGGUCCCGAGAGCAACACUGGAAGUCGUGGCACGAGCACUGGUAACAGCGGCUCUGAUGGUUCCGGUGGCGCCAGCGGCAAUGGAGGGAACCUUGUUAAUGUGAGUCAGUCCGCCCAAAGCGAACCUUCUUCAUCCGCUUCUGCUUCUGCCCCUGCCCCUGCCCCUGCCCCUGAUCCUGCCUCUUCAAAGGCCCCUGCACAUGGAAUCUCGCAACAGAUUGCAGAUCAACCAGCAGUAAACAGCGAUCAACAAAAUGAAAAACAAACAUCACCCAGAGCUCAAGACCAACACCAAGCAUCAAACGAAACAGAAAACAAAGUUCAAUCACCAAAUGGUAAGCAAGUGGAAAGCGCUCCAGUAGCUCCCAAUGGUGAAGUUCAUUCAUCCAAUUCCAGUACUAAAGCAUCAGAUGAUUCCACCGACGUCCAAAAUAAUACUCACGGAGAAGAGUCUACACCGAGAAAUCGUCGUGAUACUGCUGAUGCUGCUACUUCUCCAACCACAUCUAAUCCCAACACUGUUGAUGCUGCAAAUGAACCGUCUUCUCACACAGCAAAUAACGCUGCUUUGAAUGGGACAAGCUUAACUGAGGACCAAAUGAAAGAAGAAACACUAAAACAUCCAAAUGUAAUGGGUGCGUUGGGUCCUGACAGCAGCAUCAUGGUCUCCUACAUGGCCCCUCUUGCACUUCUUGUGUGUGUUGUUGGUUUUGUGAUGGUUCCAUGA